AUGGUGAGGAACGGCUUGGAGCGUACACUGAAGAUAGGUCAAUGCGAGGCUGAGCUUGACGACAUCAACACCUCUCUUCAACGGAUAAUGGCAAACACGAUGCACUUGUUGUCAAAGAAACAGCACGAAAUGGAUCGCUGGAAAAAGCUUGCCGCACUCAUGUGGGAUAAUCCGAAGAAACAAACAACUGUGGAGACUAGGACCGAAGAAGAUCGGCCCCAGUCACAAGACAGUCCUCCUUCUACUAGUAGCAAUACUAUCCCGGAUGCUCUCCCCCCUGAUGUUGGGACUGCCCUUUCCAAAGAACUUGAAAACAAUGUUUCAAGCAAGAACGGAAGCACAGAAGUGGAAGAUGUGAAUCUGGCAAAGCAAACUACCAGCCAGGGACCAACGGAUGAUUACUCUCAAUCUGUGAGCGAAAGGGAUGUCAGCACUAUCAUCAGCAGUUCUCCCUUGAAUGAGAGCAUUCUUUCAGCAGAGACAGUGUCCAAACUUGGUCGUGUGAGGCAGCGGGAAACAAAGGUGAGAGGAAUCCUUUCCGAGAUGAGGAAGCGGGUUUUGUGGGCUGCAACAGAUCAAAGUCAAGAGACGUGA